AUGCGAUAUUUGGACCCAGGGGGGAGUUUGGCACUCCUGAAAUUGUUCAGGCCCUUCCCCUUGCUUGGACAAAAUUCAAAAUAUUUAAAUAAAGGAAUUGCUAAACUUUCAGCAGAUCAUGAAAUCAGUUAUGCUCGCUUUGUUAGCAAUGUGAGUGUGGAUCGCUCAGUUGCAAUUAGUUCUAAUGUGACAAAGGUACCUCCAUCCAAGCAAGUUUCCGAAUCGAAUUUAAAAUCUAGGAAUAAGACGCUAUCUGAUACAAAGGGGAAGAAAGAGAAAACUAAACGACUGAUGGGUUUGCGCUUACUGGACCUGGUCAAAUUUGGGACGUUGGAUAUUGAAAUGGCUAGAGUUGUCAAGGCUAAAACGGUGGUGGCUUAUGUGAACAUGAAGAGAGUGUCUGAAAAGGGCGAAUCCCGCCUGCUUCCUCCCUCGUCGUAUCACAAGCUGAAGUCUCCUCAAGUAUUGGAAACUGUUACGGUUUUGGCACUUAUUUUGGAAUCGGUGAAUCACACUGGCAAACUGAGAAAGGUCGAAGAGGCGUCGUUCCGUCGGCUUAGCUCAUUUUUGAGCUUUCAACAAGAACAAAAAGACUAUUUUGCCUUAAAAGAGGGUAAUAGCUCUACUCAAGCCGGCAUAGAAACUGAGAGGUCAUUUAUAUAUCAAGCAUUGAAAGCUAACGGGUAUGACAUGAAUGAUCUAAGAACAUGGAUUGAUUGCCUUCGAGCAAAAACGUUUCGUGAUGCGAAAAACAUUUUUGAGCGCUCUUCUCACACAGAUAGAUGGCCAGAAUUCCUAGCUCUCUUCACUGUUCGCAGAAGAAUUUUGAGUCGGUUGGAGGCACACGAAGCACUACGGUUAUUCCAGCACACAUUGCCCGCUAUAGAUAAGAACUGGCAAUUCGCUUUGUUUAUAGAAACACUACGCAUUGUUCAUCAAUGGCAUAUUGAAUUUGUCCCAACGCUGUGUCAAUUUUUUCUACGACAUUCAGAUGUUAGCCUUAAAACAUCUUAUUACUACAAUCAAAUGAUGUGGCUUGUGAGCAAAUUCGGUACAAGGUGGAGCCAGGAUGACUCACUGAUAUUGGCAGAAUCUCUCCAAUUGAUUGCUGCUGAUAUGUCCAAGGCAAAUAUUCCUAUCGAUACCAAAGGAUAUCUUGCUAUUGCAUAUAUUACCGGGGCAGGACCCGCUAGUGAUCGAGCCAGGACUGUUUUGGAUGUAAUUAAGAGGCAUGAGUAUGACUAUUCAAGAGAAGAAUUAAUGGCUCAGAAAGUGUGGGCUGAAAUGAUGAAAACCAAACUCAACUCUGGAAAGAAGCAUAGCCAGGAGCUCGAAUAUGAAAACAACAACGAUGAAUAUGAAAGUAACGAUUAUAAUGACGACUACGAGCAAAGUCCAAACAAAAAUGAAAGAAAAGAAAACAAAAACCUAUCUGCAUCUAAUAAUUCAAAUACUGCUAUUGGUCUAUUUCCAUAUAUCCACGGUGUAUAUGCUAUGGAAAUAUUACUAGCCCAAGAUACUUAUGAAGCACUUCAAUUGUUCGACAAUAUACCCCCAAAUGAUCGAAUUGCCAUGAUAUGGGGCCUGUUGAUGACUAAGUUAAGAGAGCUUGGCGACAUGAAUUCCGAAGCAUUUGAGAUACUUUGGAAUAGAAUUCGUACAGAAAAUGUGUCACUGACCCCAUUCUUGAUUCAACGGAUAUGUGAAUGUCUGAAGGACACCGAUGGGGCCUUCAAAAUAUUGAACGAGGUGAUGGCCUCAUCUCCUAAGGCAGCUAACUCGCUCCUACGUUCAGGAACUGUUGCAUCGUUUUUGAGCGUUCGAAAAUUUGAAGAUCUGAAUAAAGUUCGGUACUUUCUCUCGAAUUUUCAGCGCCGCUCUUUUGAGAUUUAUGAUGAGCUGCUUGCUGGAGAAGCCAUGUAUGAUAAAGAAAAGUUCUGGGAUACUUAUACGUUGUUUAGAAAUGACGGAUAUGAUCCUAAGGUGUCGACGCUUACAUCGUUGUGCCGUGCAGCUGCUGAUGUUACGAUAACUUGGGGCGAGUUAUUUGCAGUCCAACGAGCAGUUGUUGAAUUCAAAACUUGGGUUAGAGGCGCUGCGUCCGAUGGCUCGGACAAGGGUGAUGUGUUGAAGCUUUACCCCACUGCCGAGCUAUUCCAUCGAUACAUAAUUAUGAUAGGAAGAGCCAACUAUGAUCAAGAACUUGUAGAGGUUCUACCUUGGAUGGAGCGAAUCCAGUUUAAACCCAACAAAAUCUGUCUCUGUGCUUUGAUCACAUACUCCCCUAAUGGCAAGCACCUGUUUGCACAUGGACAAAAGGUGGGUGGAGAAUGGCCAACUCAAUACGAAGUCGACCAAUAUGCUCACUAUAGCAAGCUAAAAUAA